AUGUACAUGCUUGAGAAUCAGUGCAAGAGUAAAACUUAUCUCGAACACGACGAGGAGCUCCGCAAGGCUCGCGAGGGCUGCGACGUCGUCGAGGAGUGCCAGCUGCGCAAUCUGGAAUUUUUGAAUCGCGAGCGCUGCUACGUGUUCCGCUGCCGAGUCGACGGCCGUGCCAACCUGAAGAGGCUCGAGCUAAGCUGCGUACCCCAGGUGAAAAUAGUCCUCAUUGCGUUAUCUGGUUUGAUAAACAAAAAUGUGCCUGGCCACGAAUUAGUGGAGGCUACUGUUUACAGUGGAUUCUUAUUAUGUGUUCUUUCAAUUUAUGCUUUAAGCUUUGAUGACAAGUUAAUUGCGGCCAGCAGCAUAAUGAUGGAGAUAUGGAAAGAAUUUAGAGAAGAAGACGAAAGAAGUAUUAUAAUAGAAAAAUUAAGACAAGGUUUUACAAUAUCUAUGUUGUAUUCAGUAAUCAUGUAUACUAUUUUUGUUGGAUGCUCGUUACAACCAGAAGUAAAAUAUAGAGCAAUCAGUUGGAUUUCUGUCAACAAAACGAUAGAAAAAGAUUUGUUCUUUCCCAUCUACUUUACCAAACAACUAAAAGACAAUUAUUAUUUAGCAUUAUUUGUAUUUGUCCUCGGUGGUUUGAUGUUGGGUACAAUACUCAGUAUAUUCAAUUACUUCCAAACGACCCUUUGGAAGUUUAUCGUAGCCUCAUUACUACUCAUUGGACUUCUCAAUGUGCUUCAACUUUUUGCUCAGCAAAAAUAUUUCAUUGUCAUAAUUGUAAUUAUAAUAGAGCUGACCUUGGCAGGAUUUUGGUUCUUGUAUGUCAUCUCUUACGAUAAAAAUUAUGCCCUGAAAACUGUUGUGUGGAUGAUAGUAGCAAUUUGCAAUCUGUUCUACAUUAUUCAUCCAGGUCAAGAAUUAAUAAAUGCGAACAAUAGACUGUGGGGUGGCUGCUGCAAUUGCAAGUGGUACAUUUUCCCUGCCAAAGAAAGACAAUUGAUUCUUUUAAUGAUGAUUCGAACUUCAAAACCAUUCUUAUUAACUGCUGGUCCAAUAAUACCUAUGAGUUACGAAACUUCUGCGCGU